AUGGACAGGACACCGCGCAUAAGUUCUCGUAUCCCGAGAGAAUCGGAUCCUGUGCCAUCAUCAUCGCCCGGAUUUGGCACACCGGUACACCCCUUUCGAAUAACAAAACCUACAAAUGGUCCCACGAAGGCGCCUAUCCUGCCUAUCCUGCUCCCUCCCUCCACCCUUCGGCCUGUGGCUUUUCGCACUUUUACUCGGAAGCAUAACUUGACUAUAUCAUCAUCUGCACUUCAAACGCUAGCAAGCUUCGUUGGGAAAAACUGCGGUUCAGGAUGGCGCGAAGAAGGACUCGCAGAGCGAGUUUUGGACGAGGUAGCCAAGGGCUGGAAGAAGGUUGGAGGCGGCGUUAUCGUUGAAGAAGGCAAGGGGGCCUCGCUGAAGGCCAUAUUGCAGACAUUGGAGGGUAGUAUGAGCGGUGGGAGAGUUAUUACCGGGAAGACCGCCGACGAAAGAACUAUACCUAUUUUCAACAGGAAUGGAGACUCCGAAUUGGGCCGUGAUGGUUUACAGCCAUCUUUAGUCUCAAAGAAGGCUAUUGAGGACCAAGAGGACGAUGAAAUUGAAGUUUCGCUUCACCCAAGAAGUUGGAUCAAAGUUGUUGGAGCCUUUGACCUUCCGCGUCUGACUUACAAUGUCGACAAGAAGUAUUUCGAAGCCAUGAGGGCUAAACCAACUUUGUUCCCAUCACCUGCCCACAAAACCACUCUUUUUCGGGACCGUUAUAAUGUUAUAUAUCAGCGCCUACUCCGCAACGAGUCAUUCCAGACUUCCUUGGGCUCUUCUGGUCCCUCUCUGCAAAGAUCAUCAUCAACGUUUGCCCCCCAGCAGUGCUACAAACUGACCCAGAUUGCGAACUUGCUGGGCAGGAGUGGCACAUCACACUUGCUUCUGGGGAUGCUUUCUGUCUCCCCUGCUGGGGAUCUCUCCCUCACCGAUUUGACAGGAAGUAUCGCGUUGGACUUGGGCCAUGCACGUAUGAUCCCUGACGAUGGUGCUUGGUUUGCUCCUGGGAUGAUUGUACUAGUUGACGGCAUUUACGAAGAGGAAGAGAAUAUUCGGGGCUCGAUUCUUGGGGUGAAUAGUGGAAUUGGAGGUGCCAUAGGAGGGAAAUUUGUUGGUGCUUCUAUUUGCGGCCCUCCUUGCGAACGGAGGGAGAUCUCCCUAGGGACAAAUACUCAGCAAAGCAGCGGAGAGGUUAGCUCCAGCGGUGGUUUUGGGUGGAUCGACUUUCUGGGCGUUGGGAGUGAACGUGCACGAGGUUCGCGUAUGCGGAAAAUCCAAGCUAGAUGCAUACAUGAUGAACAAGAGGGUCCUGAAGCCCCCACUCGGCCUAAGAUGGCAAUUCUGGGCGAGGUAAAUCUGGACGACGUUAAGACUUUGGAUGCGUUAAGGAGGGUUUUAAACCUGUACAAUGAUCUCCCUCUAACGGAACGCCCGCUCGUCUUUGUUCUCAUUGGAAACUUCGUUCAAAGGGCCAUAAUUAAUGGGGGAGGUCAAGCGGGCAGCAUUGAGUACAAAGAAUAUUUCGACUCGCUUGCCCUAGUCCUGUCCGAGUUUCCGACGUUGCUACAACAUUCUACGUUCAUAUUUGUGCCAGGCGAUAAUGACCCGUGGGCGUCUGCUUUUUCGGCCGGUGCAGCAUCUACAGUUCCCCGGCAAGCAAUUCCGGAAUUAUUCACCUCGAGAGUAAGACGUGCAUUCGCCAUGGCCAAUGCCGAAGCAGAGCGUUCUGACUCGGCUGAGCCACCUGGCGAGGCUAUCUGGACUUCCAACCCAUGUCGAUUUACCUUGUUUGGGCCGGUGCAUGACAUUGCCAUCUUUCGGGAUGAUAUCUCAGGAAGGCUGCGACGCGGUGCAGUGAGUACUAAGCCGGAUACUGACGAGCCUGAUAUCGCGAUGAGCGAGGACCCAGCAAUCAAUUCCGACCCUCUGACAUCAGAAGAGGGGCCUGAAUCUGCACAACAAGCAGGUAGGAAUUCAGGUUCGCCAUCACCUGCUGUGCUUAUGGCUCGGAAACUGGUCAAGACUAUACUAGAUCAAGGAACAUUGUCACCAUUCCCGCUUUCGUUGCGACCUGUUUUAUGGGAUUAUGCAUAUUCUUUGCAAUUGUACCCAUUGCCAACUGCAGCUAUAUUGGCAGAUGCGGAGGCUGCACCAUUCUCUAUAACCUAUGAAGGUUGCCAUGUUAUGAAUCCCGGAAGAUUGGUCCCUGAAGGCGAGCUGUCUUCGAUAGUUAGAUGGGUUGAAUACGACAUCCUGAAGAACCGAGGGAGGGUGAAACAAGAUCGCUUUUAG